CGAAAUGAAGAAUUGGAUGACAAGAUGAUUAUCAAGAGGUUAAGGAAAAGAGUUCUUGAACUUGAGAAAGAAAUAAAAAACAUGAAACAAGGAAUUCAAAGUCCCUGUAAAGAAACUGACAAUAUCGUUGAAGUCAGUAGCGGUGUUUGUAAUGAGUGCAAAAGAAGGCAGGAACCAGCAAACCUAUCUAUCAAUGUGAUACAGAAUGCACAAGUACCAGAAGAUCCUACUGAUAUACCUGUGACCGAUCCAACUAUCGACCGAGAUACAAGGAAGCGGUGUGUCAAAAUCAUGCAUGGAUUCAUCGGAGGAAAGAUUAAGGACCCUGUUGCUUCAGGGAUAAAAAAUAUGGAUCAGUUUAGAAUUUGUCUCCAACUUCUUCGAGAAAUGUUGAUGAGGUCAUAUGCAGUGGGGCAAAGGUCAAAGGGUAGGCAGGUCCUGCAACAUCCCAAUUCAAGAUCUGCAGAAAGCUUUGCAAUAAGGUCUAAAAGUACACCUAACUUACAGACUGCCGUCACAGUUGGUAUUUCAAAAAGGGAUGAUCGUUAUCAAUCUCCAUUUGAAAAGAAACAAGAAAAUGCUAUAAAGAAAGUGAGAACCCGUGUGCAAUGCAGGCACAGUGACCAGAAGAUACAGAAAAAGAAUCUUUUAGAAUUUCAGACAAGUAUACGAGAACAACAACUUAUGUUACUGCACAAAGAACUGAAUGGGAAAGUUUUAAAAGUUAAAUCUCAGGUUGCUCGGCAACGGGCCUUGCUCCGCAAUCUCAAGGAUAACUUAGGUGACGCUGGAGAGAUUGAAAUGGAGAAGACUGCACUGAAGCAACUAAUUAAACGAGGGACACGGUAUGAAAACAGACUUCAGGUUGUCAACGAACAAUUAAAAAUCAUUGAUCAACAAUACCAACAUCAAAAGGAAGCUGAAAGUUGUACUGUCACCAGUGCUGCUUCAGUGGAGUUAAGAAAUGACAAACCAUCUACACAAAAUCAGUCCAGUAAUCCCUUGAUUGGAAGUGAAAGUGAUGGAAGAGGGAGCGCAGACCUAGAGGCUACAAUUAGUAGCUUUAAAGAAAGUGUAGCUAACAAAAAUAGUGGAAAAGAUGGUAAAGUAAAUACAAGGAAAGUAUUGGAGAUCCUUAAAAAGGAAGAAGAAAAGCAGGCUAAGAUUCAAUCAGUUCUGGAUGAGGUUCGGUUGGAGUCUGUUAACAGCCAUCUGGCUCUUAAAGAACAAGUCACCAGACAGAAACUCGAGGACUUUAGAAAGAUGUUACGGCAAUCUAAGGAAGCUGGUAAUACUUCAGGUGGAAACACAAACUCUCAUGAUCUUCACACAGCCAGUAUUUCAUCUAGAAAGUUAGUGAAAGCUUCUACUUAUAAUUGUAAUACAAGUGAAAAAGACAGUCAAGACAGCAAUACAAUUUCUAUGACAUCUACUCCAACAAUUGAUGUGUAUGUAGCACCUAAGGUUGCCAAAAAUCAACCAAAGAAUGCCUGGAACAAGAGGCAUGAAGAUCAUGCGGUACAGAGAACUGACUUCCAUUACAAUUCCACUAAUUCCAAGAGUGAAAUUAUGGCACCCAAGGAUUCUUCCGCAAUUGUCGUCAGCAAUGACUUUUCUGCUGGUGCUAAAAAGAGUGGUAUUGCUCAAAACUUCCAAAUAUCAGCUUCCACAAUUCACCACCAGACAUCAAAAACCUCUUUUGACACAGCAUUAGAUAACAUGUUACAAGACUCAUUUGUUAGUGGUAGUGAUAAAGCAACCUUAACCAACAGUGCAGGCACUUCUAUGGUGGUUGCACCUACUAAUCACGCGACAUCAUUAAAUUUAAUAAAUGAAAACAAUUCUAUGCCGACUUUAAGUGGAGAUGAUCUGAAGGCGACUGACUACUCUACACCAGAUAAGACUUCGGAACCAGAACCACAUCAUUCUUUUGUCAAGAAAUCUGAUGACUUCAGUAAACUUCAACAGAAAUUGUCCGAGUAUUUAGGUGCAAGACAGUCCUCCACUCCCAAGACAAGACCAACUAUGAUGAGUGCAAGCCAUGGGAGUCUUCAAUCAAGUGUCGAUAUACCAUCAUUUUAUAAUCCAUCUCAGGACAAGCUGACCUCAACUUCUACGACAUCCCCAAAACAUUUAGCACAGGAUUUAAGGUCAAGAGACUUUCUACAAAGGUCUUUGACAACACUCAAUUCAUCAGAUAGCAAGGGUCUGCCAUUUGACAGAGCCUAUAGGCAGAUGUUCCCCAGUACAGCAUCUCUCCCAUCAUACUCAAACAGAGCUUAUGAAAAUGAAGUUAAUGAAUUUUCAUUUAAAAGUAAUACUACACCUAAACUUCCAUCAGAUAUUUCACUUCCACUGCGUAAAGACUCUUUUCCAAGCUCCUUCCUUCCGGAACCAUCAAAGCUUUUAGCAGCUCCAGUAGAAGAUAAUGAUAGAGAGGUUUCUUAUGUAAGAGCUGUUAAGGAGAAUAAACUACGAGUGAAGAAGAUCCAUGAAGCACGGGAAGCUGCUGCUGUUAUUCAGAAGGCAUGGAAGGGGUAUGUAAAGAAGAAGUAAGAGAUGUCUGCUAAAGUCUAAAUACAUUAUUGGCUAGAAAUGUUCAUUUUACAUGUAUAUCAGGAGAAAGCAUGGAAUCCCUUCUAAAGUCAUUACUAGAAUUGAACAAUUUAUAUUAGAAAGCAUGAUAUGUCUACUAAUGUCAAUGUAAUUACCAGCUGGAGUGGACAUACAUCAAGAGGAAAAUCAUGAAUAUUGUUUAUUUUUUGUGCAGAGGAUUAAUGAAAACAAAAAGAUUUUUUAUUUUGUGGAUUGCUUGUAGGAUCAUGGCAGAUACUGUAUAAGAGCAUGGAUUUUAUAAAGAAAAAU